AUGCCCCAGUGUUGUUUCGCCGGUUGCCACAAUCGAACUGAUGACGGUAGGGGCCUCAGUUUCUUUCGCUUCCCUCGAAGAGACUUGGCCCGCACGGCGGCCUGGGUUAUCGCCUGUGGGAGGAAGGACUUCAGCCCUUCUCAACACUCUCGUGUGUGCUCGCGACACUUUUCAGCGAUGGACUUUGAUCGUGACGCCCGGCAUGAUUCCCAAGGUGGGGUUCACAGAAGAUUGCGACUCAAGGAUACCGCAGUACCCACUACCAAUCCAAUCGAUAACCCCUGGCAGAAUACGGAUAAUAUAGUCAGUAGGAAGUCACAGAAGUCGGUUUCCGCAACGUCAAUGAAAACGAACAUGGUGGAAGUAUCUGUCUCGAGUAAGUGA